AUGGCCAGUCUUAUCUCUAAGCCCGCUGAUUUGGGCGAAUCGUUUACUGAAUCCACACAGAAUAGGGAAGAUAUUCCCACAGAGCAUCUUCAAAAUGACAAAAUUCAGCGUUUAGAAGCAGACAUUGCUAUCUUAGUCAGAGGACGAAAUUCCGAGGUAAAUGAAUUAAAUAAUAUUAUUGACACUCUUAACAAAAAGAAUGGACUAAUUGAAGCGUCAAAUUGGCCCUUAAACAUGAAAUUGUUGGCUUAAAAAUGCUAAAGUCAUCAAACCAUUGUAGUGAUAUGGGUAACUGGAACAGUGAACAAUGCGAUCACCAAAGUCUAGACCUCAUUAAUCAAGGGACCAAACAAAAACAAAUGCAAAAAUAUGGUAAUCGUACUCAAAGUUUGGUUAAUAAUCCUGAAGGUUGCCUAAACUGCGAAGGCAACCAUGCAUGAGGUCUCUAUUAUGGUGAAUAGUAAAGAAAGCACAAAAGAAGUCAAUCAUGUAAUUGAGCAGAGACAUAUUCCAUACAUGUCAUCGGACACAAUGCAUAGUGAGGAUUUUUGGAGGAAUCUAACCCCUGAGUGGAUUUGUAGUUUACCAUUAAUCCAAACUAAUGUACCCAAGCCUUCUAAUCGUACGUUUAUUCGGGUUCAACAACAACAACAACAACAACAACAACGACAACGACAACGACAACGACAACGACAACGACAACGACAACGACAACGACAACGACAACGACAACGGCAACGACAACGACAACGACAACGACAACAACAACAACAACAACAACAACAACAACAACAACAACAACAACAACAAUUCCUGUUAAACACUUGCCGGGUUCCCAACAUACGUUCGUUCCUUCCCUAA